AUGAUUAUAUAAACAAUCAUUAUACUAGGUUUGGCUUAUCUCUUUUACGAGAAGGUGUUUAAAUUUUACUACUAUUACUGGUUUUACAGGAGAUAAGGAAUUCCUUCGACUCCUUUCCCACUUCCUUUUAUUGGCAACUUGAUUGAAGUGAAAAAAGCAUUAGAUAACCUUGGUCCUUACAGUAAGACAGUUUUAGAAGAUUACUGGCAUGAUUGCUUCGGAGAGAUAUUACCACCUGUAUUUAGUGAUCAUAGAGCCCCAAAUGGAGGUAUUGUUUUCUCUGAUCCUAAUUAUGUUGAAGAAAUUUACACUAUCAAAUCAAAGUACAUUGACAAAGAUAGCAAAUUUUAAAGACUUUUUUAUAAGGUAUUUGGCGACUCAAGUUUUUUGUCAAAAUCUAAUGAAGUUUGGGCUACAAAGAGAAAACAUCUCUCAGCAGCUUUUUACAAAGAUAAAAUCAAUCUAAUCUUAAGAGGAGCUGUUUCAAUUGCUAAUCAAAGAGUAAAAGUCUGGAAAAAUCUGAUUUAAAAAGACAAAUAAGUGGUUAAUUUGACAAAAGAAAUGAAUGAACUCAUUGAUGAUGUAGUUUAAAUAUGUAUUUUUGGAUAGAUUUCUCUUAAAAAAUAGCUAAUUUUCAAAAAAAAUGGCCAAGAAAGUAUAGUAUCUCUAGGUAGAUUCAUUAGGCUUUUAUCUGAGAAAAUUUUCUCAAGGUAUGCAAGUUUAUUUAGGCAGUUUACAGAUGUUUUUGACUUUGCUGCACUUAAUAAAUAGGAAAGAGAAGACUUUGAAAAUGCUAAAUAUCUAAGAGAAUUCACAAUUAGACUUAUUGAUGAAAGAAGAAAAGAAAUUGAGAAACCUGACUUCCAAUCAUAAGGAGACUUCCUUACUCUUAUUCUCUAAGACUCAUAUUUUGAAAAGGAUAAGGAUAUAAUAGAUGAAGUCGUGGGAUUUAUGACUGCUUCCAAUGUAACCACAUCUAUCGUAAUGACAAAUGCUAUUUUUUAUCUCACAAAAAAUCAAGAAGCAUUCAAAAAGGUCAGAGAUGAAUUCAAAAAAGUUCUAAAAGUUGAUGAAACAAUAUCUUCCUUGACUGAUUUAUAAUGGGCUGAUCUUUUGACAUACGAAAACUUGAAUAUGUGCAACUAUCUUAACUACUGUGUUAAUGAAACAAUGAGAAUUGAUCCUUCAUCUAGGGUAACGACUAAUCAUGUGUUCACAGAAAAUAUUUAAAUUGGCGGCAUUUCUAUUCUUUCUGAGACUCCAUGGCAAAUCAACAUCUAUGCUCUAUAAAAUAACCCUAAAGAAUGGAUUUAGCCUGAUCAAUUUAUCCCAGAAAGAUUUGAUCCAUUGAAUCCAUACUAUCUGACACCAGCUGGAACAAAAAGAAAUUCUUUCUCCUUCGGACCAUUUUUCGGAGGUAAAAGAAUAUGCUUAGGGAAGACUUUUGCAGAAAGUUUGAUGAAAUGCUUGAUUUCAAUUAUUGUCAAUUAAAUCGACUUUGAAUUUGAAGAUAAGGAACUAUUAAAAAGAAAACCUAUCUUCGCAUUGAUGCAAGAUGAGCCCUGCUACUUGUUUAGGCUUAAACAGUAUGAGACAAAGUGA